CAGGACAGUAGACUCGUUUCCUUUCUCGAUUAUUUUUGGUUCUGGAUUGUUUGAAGUCUUGAUCCCCGAGAGUCGAUUCACAGAAAUCGAAGCUCGAUGAAUUCGUCUCAGUUCAUGGAUAAGCAGAUCUUGGGUCUAGCUGGUUCCCAAAAUAACGAUAUCUUCGAGUUUUUGAACCCUCAGGAUGAACACAACGGUGGCUCGAAGAAAGAAGACAUCCUGCCCAGCUAUGAUUUCCAACCGAUUCGCCCCGCCGGUGCUUCGCAAUCGAUGAAUCUGGAGGGAAGUAAUGUUGGUGGAACUAGGGUUUCGAGCUCGGGGGAUUCAAGGACCAGUGCAUCUAAUAUAAGAAAUUAUGUCUCUUUAGACCCCAAUGAAUCUGCUAAAGUUGCCCUGGAGAAAGAUCGGAGUGUCUAUGAUGCAGCAACAGUUUCUGAGAUUGAUCGAACAAUGAAGAAGCAUGCUGAUAAUCUGCUUCAGGCACUGGAAGGAGUUAGUGCAAGAUUAUCUCAGCUGGAGAGCAGAACUCAUCACCUUGAGAGUUCUGUUGAUGAUUUGAAAGUAUCAGUGGGGAAUAACCUUGGCAGCAUUGAUGGAAAACUGAGGCAGCUGGAGAAUAUUCUAAGAGAGGUGCAAACUGGUGUCCAAGUGGUGAGGGAUAAGCAAGAAAUUGCAGAGACCCACAUGCAGCUAACAAAGCUGCAAGUAUCCAGGGUAGAGCAGCAACCUGAAAAUCAGACCACAACCGUGCAAGCAGAUUUGGUGCAGCAAACAGCUUCUGCUUCUCAGCAGUCUCACCAACUGCUUCCGCCGGUUGCUUCUCUUCAACAACCAACUCAACCACUUCCUCCAGCUGCUUCUCUUCAACAACCAAUUCAACCACUUCCUUCUCUCCCUCCUAAUGCUCCACCACCUCCAUUCCCAAGCCAGCAAAAUCUGCCUCCAGCUCAGCUUCCUGUCCAAUUGCCCCAGAACCAGAUGCCAGCUAACCAACCACGAGAACCUUACUUCCCACCCCCUGCUCAGACACCUGAAGCCACACAUCAGCAAUAUCAAUUACCUCCAACUCAGCAGUCCCAACCCCCACCUCAAGCACCACAUCAACACUAUCAGCCGACUCCUCAGCUUCCACAAUACUCUCAGCUACCCCAGCCACCUCAACAGCCCUCUCCUAUCGGCCCUGUCCAUCCUCAGCAACUCCAACCUUCUUUAAGCCACCAUAUUGAAGAAGCCGCCUACAUGCCGUCUCAAAGUUACCCUCCUAGCAUCCGCCAACCACCAUCAAUGGCUCAACCACCAAGUGGGUCUCCUCCAACCCAGCAAUUUUAUGGUCCUCCAGCCCAUGGAUAUGAACCUCCUUCAAGCAAGCCCAGUUCAGGGUUUCCCCCAGGAUAUGGCCCAACUUCUGGGCCUAACUAUAAUGAUUCCUACCCUUACAGUGGGUCACCUUCUCAUUAUGGAGCCUCAGUGAUGAAACCAUCUCAGCAUUCGGCUCCUUCAGCGCCAAGUGGUGGAAGCAGUUACCCACGUCUACCAACUGCACAGAUUUUACCACAUGCACUGCCAACUGCAACCAGUGUUGGUGGACCUGGUAGCUCCAGUUCUGGCAGCACUGGAAACAGGGUCCCAGUUGAUGAUGUGGUUGAUAAGGUGGCAUUGAUGGGAUUCUCAAGGGACCAGGUGAGGGCAACUGUGAGGAAACUGACGGAGAAUGGUCAAUCUGUUGACUUGAAUGUGGUGCUAGAUAAACUGAUGAAUGAUGGGGAAGUGCAUCCCCAGAAAGGUUGGUUCGGCAGGUGAUGUUUGAUAUGCUAGUGCCAUUCUUGACUUGUUUUGUAUAAAGUGAGCUACUGUUUCUUUGGGAUACAAUCUACUUGGUUCAAGGGUCCUUUACUUUGGACAUGUGUAGGUUUUUCUUUUUCACUGGACCUGCGUCGUUUCUUGAUUAUUAGUCAUUGCUUGUUCAUAAUAAUUGCAGAAAUUGUUAAUGGUCUU